GGACAUCUUAAAGAAAGGAGGCAACGCAAUCGAGGCUGCAAUUGCCACAACAAUCUGUGAUGGAGUGGUUCGUAUGGAUUUGGUGGGCAUCGGUGGCGGAUUUGUCAUGAAUAUUUAUCAUCAGAGUGGGAAUAAGUCGUACAUACUGAAUGCUAAAGAAACAGCACCCAAGGCAGCCUCACAGGACAUGUUUAAUGGAAAAGAACACCCUUUGGAAUAUGGAGCUUUAGCAUCGGGCAUACCCGGUCAGUUGAAGGGCUAUCAAGAAGCUUUUAAAAAAUUUGGAAGCGGUAAAGUGACCUGGAGUGAAUUAUUUGAGCCUUCGAUAAAGUUAUGUCAAGAUGGGUUUCCAGUGACUGAUCAGUUUCGCAAAAGUAUAAAAGCCAUAACAGAAGACAGCAAGAAAUCAGAUGAUAAGAUGAAAAAGACUGGAACACUUUGGGCUACAAUAGGAGCAGCAGAAAAUACACAGGCUAUUCAUGUGGAUAAAAUUCAAUCGAUUAGAUUGACUAAGUUAGCUGAAACUUUGAAAACUAUUGCCAACUCACCAAAGCAAGCUGACGAGUUCUACAAAGGAUCGCUGACUAAGCAAUUUGUAGACGAUAUAAAACAAGAAGGCGGCAUUAUUACAGAAGAGGAUUUGGCGGGUUACUCAGUGAUCUGGCAAGAAGCAGUUUCAACAGAUAUUGGGCAUAAGGGGGACUCGAAGUUGACUUUCUUGGCAGCUCCUCUGCCGAGCUCAGGGGUGUUCACCAAUUAUGCAAUGAAAAUAUUCGAUAAUGGAACAUUGCAAGGCUCAAGCAUUGUUGACCCUGAUAGCCUGAGGAUCACACUCACCGGCUUCAAAUUUGCUUUUGCCCAGCGCUCCAACUGUGGCGAUCCAUCGAAUAACGCAAGUAGCAAGAGUUGUAAAAUUAGCAGCAUGUUUGAGGACGAUGCGUUGAGAAAGGUGCGUGCGGAAAUAAAAGUGAAUGACGCGUCUCAUGAUAAAGACCUCUUUUACUGGGGCGCAGAGUAUGAUUUCAAGGAGGAUUUUGGUGGAGCUAGUGUAGUCGUCUAUGCGAAUGGAGACGCCGUUUCUGUUACUAGUUCACUCAACUCCCUCUUCGGAUGCAAAUUUGUGUCUCAGAGCACAGGUAUACUUCUGAACAACGAGUUGGACAGUUUCUCGCUGCCGGAUAACCACAAAUCGCAGUUAAACCCUUCACCAGCCAACUUUAUUGGUCCGGGAAAGCGGGCAAUGUCAUCAAUGAGCCCGACGAUCGUACUCAACAAUCAAGGUCUAGUGCAGAUGGUCAUCGGCUCAUCUGGGGGGACUCGGAUCAUCACUUCUACUGCCAGGGUUAUGAUAAUCAACUUAUUUUAUGGGAGACCAGUGAAGUAUGCGGUGGACAGCCCAAGGAUACAUCAUCAACUUUACCCACUGACUGUUUUCUAUGAACCUGGAAUUCCAAAGGACACCAUCACUAAAAUGUCGUCAGGAGACCCCUACUGCUACAGCAUGCAGAAGGAAGCCAGAGCAUCUGGAAUAUCAAUAAUUACACGAAAAAAUAAAGACACAUUCCAAGCAUAUUCAGAUUGGUAUAUUAAUGGGGCCUGUGAUGGUUAUUAAAACACGUGAUAGAAGUAGAGAUAGGAUAGCUUUCUCCAAAAAAUGUAAACUCAAAUUUUAGUUUAAACCAUCACCUGACUCAAUUAAAACACAUUAUAAUGAACUCAACCAUACAUUGGUAAACGGGUUUAAUAGUAAAACUUACUUUGGAGAGAGUGACCAUCAAUAUAAUCAAGUAAGUAUGUAAAACUCAAGUAACAUUCUUUAUAGAGAAGUAAUUGAUUAACACUUUAAAAUAAAAAAGAGGUGGAUAAAAUUAUUAUACAUAAUAUUUUUUAGUUAUUUAAACAAUAAGGUAGUGGAUCGAUAUGGUAAAUAAUUUGUAUUUUAUAAUAUUCAUAAAAAUAUGUAUUAUGUUGCUAAUGAAAUCAAUAUUAAUAAUGUGGAUUAUUAUAUAAGAAUGAAAAAAUGUUUUUCAUGAUAUU